UACUCGAGAGGAGACGAAAAAGAGAGAGAAAAAAAAAGCCUCUGUCGAUGUGUUGUACUGUUUUGAUUGCCAAUAAAAGUAUCGCAGAACAAUAGAGGGAGAAGGUAAUGAUGCAGAAGUCGAUGAUGAUGGAAGCGAAUUCGUCGAAUUUUUAUUGUUGUGUUUGAGAUGGACAUAGUUAAAGAAGCAGUGUUCACGAAACGGAAGCUACUGUCGCCAAUCCCUAGCUGUGCGUUGAGUCGCUGCUUUCGCUUGGGAUUCAAGUCUACUCACUUUCCUUUAUCGCGCUCACGGAAGCGCCCCUCUCGAUGAUGAUCCUAUCCCUUCCUGAAAUUUAUAUCGGAUAUCACCCGCAGGUCCAUUCUUAUCACCGCCACAACUACAAUCGUAAUAUUUAUCAAUUCCGCCGAUCACUCUUCCUCCCCAAUGGACCCCACUUCUCGCCCAGCCGUCGUCAUCGACAACGGCACCGGGUUUACUAAGAUGGGUUUUGCGGGUAACGUAGAGCCUUGUUUCAUUCUUCCAACGGUAGUUGCGGUCAACGAAUCGUUUCUGAACCAGUCGAGGAGUUCUUCCAAGUCCAAUUGGUUAGCGCAACACAGCGCGGGUGUCAUGGCGGAUCUGGAUUUCUUUAUAGGAGACGAGGCUUUGGCGAAAUCGAGAUCCAGUAAUAUUUACAAUCUUAGCUAUCCGAUGCGUCACGGUCAAGUUGACAAUUGGGAUGCCAUGGAACGUUACUGGCAGCAGUGCAUUUUCAACUAUCUUCGUUGUGAUCCGGAAGACCAUUACUUUUUGUUGACUGAGAGCCCGCUCACUGCACCAGAGACUCGCGAGUAUACGGGCGAAAUCAUGUUUGAGACGUUCAAUGUUCCUGGGCUUUAUAUUGCUGUCAAUUCAGUACUUGCUCUUGCUGCUGGGUAUACCACAUCGAAGUGUGAGAUGACAGGGGUUGUAGUCGAUGUUGGAGAUGGGGCUACUCAUGUGGUACCUGUAGCAGAUGGUUAUGUUAUUGGGAGCAGCAUCAAGUCAAUUCCUAUUGCUGGCAAAGAUGUUACACAUUUUAUUCAACAGCUCAUGCGGGAAAGGGGAGAGAAUAUACCACCAGAAGAUUCAUUUGAAGUAGCUCGGCAAGUGAAAGAAAUGCAUUGCUACACCUGCUCUGAUAUUGUCAAGGAAUUUAACAAGCAUGACAAAGAACCAGCCAAAUAUAUUAAGCAAUGGAGAGGUAUUAAACCAAAGACAGGUGCACCGUACUCAUGUGAUGUUGGUUAUGAAAGAUUUCUUGGCCCUGAGAUUUUCUUCAAUCCCGAAAUUUAUAGAAGUGACUUUGCAACUCCUUUGCCAGUUGUAAUAGACAAGUGUAUUCAGUCAGCUCCAAUUGACACGAGGAGGGCUCUGUACAAGAAUAUUGUGUUGUCUGGAGGAUCAACUAUGUUUAAGGACUUCCACAGAAGGUUGCAACGGGAUCUGAAGAAAAUUGUGGAUACGCGAGUUCUUGCGUCCAAUGCUCGACUUGAUGGGGAAAUCAAAGCUCAACCAGUGGAAGUUAAUGUAGUCAGCCAUCCAAUUCAGCGAUUUGCGGUUUGGUUUGGGGGUUCUGUACUUGCUUCCACGCCUGAAUUUUUCGCGGCUUGUCAUACAAAAGAAGAGUACGAGGAAUAUGGAGCAAGCAUAUGCCGUACGAAUCCUGUUUUCAAGGGGAUGUACUGAUAGAUCGACUUUUAUGUAGAUAUUGUAGGCAUUUCGGAUGAAAAGGUUCCAUGGAAUUCCUUCCACCUCAGUUCACUUGAUCGGUCCAAUCUCCGCUUGUUGCAUGCAGUUUGUUGGUGGGUUCGGAGAGGUGGUGUAAAAUAGUACAGACAGUUAUUCUGCAGUUGUAAGAAAUAACAGAAGGGGGGUCAAUUGUAUUCAUUCUUUCAUUAGGUAGGUAGUUCUAGAUCUUCAUCAGCUUGGAGGGUGUUGCAGUGCCUUCGGGCAAUACUUUAGUUAGAAUACAUAAAGAAUUUGUAAUUCAUUUCUUUCCUUUUCAUUUAAUUGUUGGCAAUGAUAACUGUAUCAACUACUUUUUGACGGUAGGAAUUUUCCUUCAUUUAGAUAAAAAUCAAAGGAGUGAGAUUUUUAGUUAAAA